AAACAGUGUCAAAGAUGCCCAAAGACGGACCCAUACCCGUAAUGUCGGCUGCCCGAAGUCUCAAUGUCUUUGGGAUAUGGCUAUGGCAAAGCUUUGAGGCAGUUGAGGGGCUCUCUUCGCUGGCAAGAUGUUCUUGCCAUUGUUGCUACCCUGGAACCGUCCAGGGUGCUUUGUGCUGCAGCGGCAACUGCUUUGCGCCGCAGUAUGCACUGGGAAGAAGCAGUGCAACUUCUCGACCAAAUGACGAAGGGUUCUGUCCAGCCGGAUGUUGUUAACUUCAAUGCUACCAUCAGUGCGUGUGGCGCUGCAAGUCAGUGGCAAGCAGCCACCUUUCUGCUUCAUGACAUGAGGGAGAAGCAGCUCAUCCCCGAUGUGAUCAGUUACAAUGCCUCCCUUUUUGCCUGUGACCGUGCAGCAGAGACCGGGCAAGCCUUACGAUGCAUGAUGGCCAUGCGCUCCGCCCAUGUGGCACCAGACGAAAGCAGCUACAGCAGCUUGAUGAGUGCAGUGUCUCGCUCUGGUGAUUGGAAGGUUGUGCUUGACCUCCUGUGGGAGAUGCCCAGAGCAAAAGUCACUACUGACUCGGUGUGCUUCAGCGUAGCGAUGGGAGCUUGUGAGAAGGCGAGCGAGUGGCUUGUCGCUCUGGAGCUGUUUGAAAUGAUGCACGCUCGGCGCCUUCAUCAAGAUGUGUUUGCUUUUGGAAAUGCCAUUUGCGCCAUGAGCAAAGGUAGCCACUGGCCGGGCGCAUUGAAGCUUCUUGGGAGAAUGCAGAAGGAAGGAAUCUCUUUGGACACAGUGGUGUGCAACAGUUGCCUCACUGCUUGCGCAGCUUCUGCGCAGUGGGAGGCGGCACUGGAUCUGUUGAGACUCAUGACCGCAAAGAAAGUGGCCAAAACCACUGCCACUUGCAAUGCCGUGGUUCGUUCGUUGGAGGCAAGUGGAGAACACAAGAAGGCAGUGGCUGUGUUGUUGCAUGAAUUUGUGGAUGAGGAGCCCUCAGACGAAAUUGAGCAACCAAGCAUGUUCAGGUCGGCACGGCCAAAGCACAUCUCCCAGGACUUCCGACGGAGCGUUGCUGAGCGUCUAGAGCGCGGCCUGGACUUCGCUGGUGGGAUUUCGAGGCAGCCACGCCCCGUGGUUGCCAUGGCCCAGGAGAAGGAAGAGAGGCCAAGUGCCAUUGGCCCUGCUUGGUGCCAAGAGGCAACAGAGGCUUUCAAUGAGUUGGUGCUUUCCAAGAUCCGGCCGGAGCCAAAUUUGGUGGACCAUCUUGCCCACUUCGUCGCCCAAUUGGAAAACACGUUGUCAUCUUUAGGCAGGUAUGGUCCAGUGCGUUUGGUUCCCUACGGGUCAAUCAUCAGCCGUUUUGCCGCCAAAGAUGCGGACGCGGAUUUCUCCUUGCUCUUCGAAGCAGAAGAUGCGUCAACACGACAGUUCCAGCAACAGGUCCUCAUUGAAUGGAGAAGGGAACUUUUGUCACAAGGCUUCCAUGUAAAAGCUAUAGGUCUCGGUGGGCGAGUGCCAGUUUUGACGAUUCAGUGGGGAAGUAACCGAACAGCGGAUGUGACGAUUGGCAAUCAACUGGGCAUCUAUAAGAGCCAGCUGUUGCGAGACUAUUCCCUUCUUGAUGACCGCCUUUGCGCUUUGGUGAUGGCCGUCAAGCACUGGGCCAAGCUGCGGCAGAUUUGUGGUCAGACCAGGGGCUAUUUGGGUGGCUAUGCAUGGACCUUGAUGGCUAUCUACUUUGCUCAGCGCUGUCGGCCACCAUUGACUCCGCCAUUGCAAGAAUUGGCAGAACCCAAACUUUGGGAGCAAGAUGGUCAGCUUUACAACGUGGCCUGGAAGGAAGCGAGCCAGGCACCGCUCCCGUCCGCGCGGACAUCUGCUUCGCUGCUACAGGACUUCUUCCAGUUUUUCUCUGAAGGAUUUGACUUCCACUUCGAGUCUGUGUCCAUCCGUUUGGGCUGCCGAGCUAUUCGCCACCGUGGCCCAGGCCCAGCUGCAGCUCGGCUCUCCUUGGAAGAUCCCAUCGAGACGGAUUGGGAUCUGGGGCAAAUCCUUGAUGGUCAUCGACUGUCUCGUGUGCGUGCGGAGCUGCGCAGGGCCCACCGACACCUGCAGGGUGCUCAGGACCAGGAAGCAAGAAGCUGCUUGGAGGCCGUGUUUCAAGCCAAAGCCCGCUCACCCUUGGACGGUCCUGAGUACUGCAAGACCUCUUUGGGAAGGCCCUCCCUGUCAUAUGGCUAUCGCGCCCCUCCACCAGAGGACACCGAUGGGAAGCAUGACGAGACCUAUGUGGGGCGGAUGGAAAAGGGUGAAUCCAUUGAGAUCACCACAUGCUCCGAAGAGGUCUCCCAAGAUCAGCGUGAAAUUCUCCAGGAACGCCAGCUCAUCAACAACCCGGUGAAGAUGUGCAUGCGCUCUUGUGUGGACCACAUCAACGGCGUGGUGGAUGAUGCAGCGACUCCGAAGAAGUCCAAGCGGCCGCGGAAGGAAACUUCGAUGCUGGAUAAAAUCAGCAAGAUUGUGACCAUUUUGCAGUGGGUGCCAGACUUAACCUGCCACAAGGUUCGUGCUGACCUGGUGGCUGGUCUCACCGUGGGUGUCAUGGUGAUCCCUCAGAGCAUGUCCUAUGGAGCCAUUGCAGGGUUGCCCUACAUCAACGGCAUGUACUCCGCCUGUAUCCCCACGCUGAUCUACGCCUUCUUCGGGCAAAGCCGUCAAUUGGCCGUGGGCCCGGUGGCGAUGGUCUCCUUGUUGGUCGAAGCGGGCCUCAACGGCCAACUGGGCCCGGAGUGCACAGUGGAGGGGAAGCCACAGUACGAGACGUGUCCGCAAGAAUACGUGGGACUUGCAUGCCUCACUGCAGCUGUGGUUGGAGUGAUGCAAAUCCUCGCGAGUGUCUUGAAGCUGGGCUUCCUGGUCACCUUCUUGGGACACCCCGUUUACUCGUCCUUCUUGGAUCACCGAAUGCUGCAGAUAGAGGGGCAUGGAGGGUCAACUUUUGGACACCAACAACCACACAAGCAUACAAACAAGGUGAUCAGCGGAUUCACCAGUGGAGCUGCCAUCAUCAUCGGCCUCAGUCAGCUAAAGUACAUCUUGGGUUUUGACUUACCCAAGUCCCAGUACAUCUAUGAGACGAUCUACAACGUUAUCAUCAAGAUCGAUCAAACCAAAGGUAUGCCUUUGCUCCUGGGUAUCCUUUGGAUUGCUUACUUGCUUGGCAACAAGCACUUGGCACAGAAGUACAAACGCUUGAAGAUGCUUGGUCCGCUGGGGCCUCUCAUCAGCUGCUUGGUGGGGACAGUGCUCAUCGGUGUUUUUCACGAGUUCUUCGCUGAGACUUACCACGUGAAAUACGUGGGGGAGAUACCAUCCGGCAUCAUGCCCCUGAGCCUUGAUGCUUGGCAAUUGGACAAGAUCCCCACAGUGCUGGGCACGGCGAUGUCGGCUUGCUUAAUUGGGUACAUGGAGUCCAUCGCCAUUGGAAAGAACCUUGCUGCCACCAACGGGUAUGAUAUCGAUGCGGGGCAAGAAAUGUUGGCGCUUGGCAUCGCGAAUGUGGUUGGCGCCGCCUUCAGUUGCUACCCAGUGACAGGAUCCUUCUCGCGCUCCGCGGUCAACAACUCCACAGGGGCCUUGUCACAGCUUUCAGGUGUGAUCACUGCCGUGGUGAUGUUGGCCACACUGAUGUUCUUGACCCCUUUGUUCUACUACCUCCCCAAGUUUGCCUUGGCCGCUAUCGUGAUGAACUCGGUCAUCCCUUUGGUUGCUUUCGGAGAAGCCAGGCACCUUUUCCAUGUGAAGAAGCACGACUUCGUGCUUUGGGUGACGGCUUUUCUGGGCACACUCUUCUUGGGUGUGCUGAUGGGAAUCUUGGUGUCUGUGGGCCUCUCCCUGGUCAUUGUCAUCUAUGAAUCAGCCAGGCCACAGAUUACCAUCCUUUGGCGGAUUCCAGGAACAUCGAUCUACCGCAACAUGAAGCAGGAAAACAAUGGGACCUUCAUUCAGAAUGUCUUCAUCGCUCGGAUUGGCUCAUCUCUCUACUUUGCAAAUGCAUCCUUUGUGAAGGAGAUGUUGCUGGCCCAUGUUACCGACCUGGAGGAGGUGAACAAGACGCAGUACAUUGUAUUGGAAAUGACACCGGUGAUUAGUGUGGAUUCCACCGCCUGCCAUGUCAUCAAGGACGUGGUGAAUGAUUUCCGCAUGCGCGGCAUGCACGUGGCCUUCGCGAUGACGGGCAAUCGCGUGGAGAAGACCUUGAGGAAGGCUGGACUGAAGAAGUUCAUCGGAGAGCAGUGGUUCUUCCCCACGGUGGAAGAGGCGGUGCAGUAUUGCGUGAAGCAUCAACAUGCAAGGCGACGGCAGAGCGAACGAGAGGAAAUGGAGUCUCAGAAUCACGCCAAGAGUGACGAGCUCCUUGGCUGGUCGAGCUCUUUGGUGGACCGGUGGAUGAUGUGUGAAACGUCGUGA